AUGGCUGUCAGCAAUAACUCGCUUUUUGAUGCAACUACAGCUCUAUUUGUCAAUGAUAUUAUUGAUGAAUCGGAGUUCGUAGCUUUAUACGACAAUACAAAAACAAAAUCACCGGAAUUUCAGUACUGGGAGUACCAAAAAGUCGAGAUGCAGCUGCAGUACAUGACCAACGAUGAAUGCAGAUCGGACUUCAGAGUGGACUUGGCAGAUCUAGCUGUCUUGGCAGAAGCUUUGAGAAUCCCGGAGAAGUUUGUUUGCCCCAACCGGACGGUGGCAACAGGGAUGGAAGGUCUUUGCGUUGCUCUUAGGCGUUUUGCUUAUCCCUGCAGGUUCAGUGACAUGAUACCUCGCUUCGGUCGCUCUGUUUCAGAGUUGUGUGUGAUCGCUUCAGAGAUGACUGACCAUAUAUAUAAUACACAUGGUUAUCUUUUGACCGAUUUAAACCAACCUGGGCUUCAUCCUGAUCGUCUUCAAGAACAUGCUAACGCAGUUCACGACGCUGGUGGCGCUUUGGAGAACUGUUGGGGAUUUGUCGAUGUCACAGUAAGACCUAUCUGUCGCCCUGGAGAAAACCAGCGCGUCAUGUAUAAUGGCCAUAAACGUAUCCAUGCCAUCAAGUUUCAAUCUGUUGUGGCACCUAAUGGCCUUAUUGCAAAUCUUUAUGGUCCAAUAGGUACAUUUUAUAUUAAAUAAUAUAGUGUAAUGCAUUACUUAUUUCCUACAGUGUCUAACCAUACAGUAUAUUCUUAUAGUGUAUGGAUUUAAUAAUUUUUGCAUACACUUAUAUAUUUUAUAGUACUUAUACUUUAUAUACUUAAUAUAUGUGCUUUUGUUUUUAGAAGGAAAACGACAUGAUGCCGGGAUGUUAAGAAUGUCCGGCCUUCUUGACCAACUGGAUCAACCAACUGGUGACAUUAUUAAUUAUUUUAAGUUUAUGGAUUUUAAGAAGAAUUUGAAAAUUGGAUUGAGUGCUGUUGGGAAGAUGUAUUCUGUGUGUGCCCUUUUGCGAAAUGCAUUAACUUGUUUUUAUGGCUCAACUACAAGUUCUUAUUUUGGUGUUGACCCUCCUACGCUGCAAGAAUAUUAUCAACUAAAUUAG